AUGCAUUUAACAGAUGGAAUGCUAGCGGAGCUCAUUAGCACACAAAUUGGCCAAUCGGAAGAGAGGCAGGACCCCCAAGAUGGCCUGCUUUCCGUGGCGUCUCCCGGAAGUAGUGGGGAUACCCGGAGCUUGAUCCCCGAGCCCACCUCGUCUGGAAGCAGGCGGCCGCCUCGUCCCCAAAGAAUCUUCAGUGGGCAGCUGUCCUCUCCGGUGCCAGAGCUGUCGCUGGGAGGCGAUAGGGACUGCCUCCUCCGAAGGCCGCUGCGCCCUCUUAUCGUCCACUCAGUAGAUAAACCGGAAGUUUGUGCUGCACCUUGGGGUAGACCUGUCCGAGGGAAAGCUGUGGCAGAGCAGCAGUUGCGGAGGAGCACCUAUUCUCUCAACUUUUCUCUCAGUCUCCCUUGUCCAGGCAGCUUGCUUGGCAGGAGGGAGACUGAGCAGCGGGAACGGGCGCUCGCGAGUGCAUUUGGAAACUGCUUCCGGCAGGAGGCACGGUGUCAGCCUGCCACGUUCCGCCCUACUAGGGGCGCUGUCACAAAGCCACCUAGAGUCCAAAUACUCUGCUGCUCCGAGAGCGUGGCAGCCGCGUGGUCAGCCUGCUCUCCACCCACCUUUGCGCUUUGGUGUGCUUGUUGGCCAAGCCUGGCGACAGUGCAACCCAGCAGCCUGUUCAUCUCUUUUACAGUGUAACUUACAGCGCUGACCCUUAUUACUUGCUGGGACCUGGAAAUUACAAACCUAAUAAUUUCUAAAGUGCUUGUAUUUGUAUUUGUUUUGUUUCGGCUUUCCGGUAGAGAAAGUUGUUUAAAGCUUCACAACGUUCUUCUUUCUGGGUUUUUUGUUUUGUUGAGAUGUGAGGCCUAAUGCAGCUUGCCUUCAUUAAGAUUGUGACUUAAGUCUCUGCCCAUCCUACAUAGGCCCUCUCCUAACACCCCCACCAUGGAAAUGACCUAAUCACUGGACAGUGCUCACACUGCUGUUUUACUCAUCUUCCAUUCCAUUGUUCAUGCUUGUGGUUUUUUGUUGUUGUUGUUAUUUGUUUUGAGAUACUGGGGCAAUCUUGAACCCAGGAUUUUUGCACUAACCGACAUGUGUUUGCUUGUUUGAAAGAGACUCCCUUAGUCUCUGUUACUCAGGCAAGUAUUGAAUUUGCUACCCUCCCACAUCAGCUUCCCAGAGUGCUUUAUUUGCAGGUAUUGUAUUAAUUUUUGAGGAGCUACUACAUCCCCAUCAUUAUGCUGAAUGCCAUGGGGAACAAACAAGAAGCAGGCUUUAGCAUCAGUGUAAAAAAGUUAAUAUAUGGGCUUUUUAAAAAAAAUCAGCAUAUUGAUACCAGCGUUAAAACAGAAAUGUGUAAGUAAAGCAGUCUAAGAUCUGUUAAACUCUCUGUUACAUACCCCUUGCUGGUUGAUCUUGUAAUCUGCAGCUACUUAAAGUUCCUCGGUUUAUGAAGUCCUAAACAACCCUGUCAUGGUUAAUGUAAUUCUCAACUUGAUUGGCUUUAAGAGAUGCAAAGGAGACUAGUAAAGAACCCUUUUGAGUGUGUCUGGAUGGGUCAUGGGGACAUGACCUUGGGUACUACAUCUGGUCCCUGGCCCCUUCCUCGCUGACUCUUCCUCUGCUACCAUAACUUAGGCAGCUUUUCUCUUCCAGGUCCUCUCAUGAUGUUUCUGCCUUGGAGCUAGCUGACCAUGGUCUGAAAUCCUUGAAACUGAGCCAGAACAAACCUUUUCUCCUUUAAAUUGCGUGUAUCAGACUCCUGACCAACAAGCUAGAUGGGCUGACACUUGUCAUCAUCCGUGAGUAUACCCUUAUCUUGGCCACUUCUAUCUCCAAACAGUUGAUGACUAAAUGCACUGCCUGCAAUCCUGCCAAUUUGGAGGAUUUCCCUCUGAAUCUCAAGCUGACCUACGCAUGAACCAAACAUGAUUUUUUUCUUUCUGCACACUGGUCACAGGGAACCACCUGUGAGACCAGAGCUUAGUUAAGGGAGAAGCAUUGGAACAAUAGUGCUUGAUGACAUGGGGGUUUCAGCUACCUGUUUGUAAAGCCACCUUACAUGUGCUCUGAUCCUGUUUGAACCUAAUUGCAGACAUAUUGGAUUCCUUACAGAAGAUUGCUGUACAUACCUGAACUUAUGAACACAUUUUGUGAUCACUUAACACUGUAUGGUCACUUGAUGUCCCAUGGUCAGAUGCUCAGUGAUUUAACCAGGGCCCAGUAUCAUGACUGGAGCUGUUAUGUAGUUCUCUGCAGCAGAUGGCCAUGGCCUUGCUCCAGAAUCCUGUGGUCUAUGCCAUGAUUCGUCUACUGGGGCUUGCCAGAAGCACCACAUGGCAUGUUUAUGCAGUAUCAUGGUUAUCUGCUGACUCAUAUGGCCAGGAGACAGAGCUGCUUGUACCACAGGAUGUACUUACUAGAGAGCUCUUUAUCAUUCUGGCCUCACCUAAAGGCUGGCAGCUUUCCAAGCCACCUGAUAAAUGUAUUGCCAAGUACUGUGAAUAUGCUGCCUCCAAAACCCUAGGAACCCUACCAAACAUUCUGCUUUUCUGGUGAUAAAAAUGCAAGUUACAAGAAUUUGCCUUGCACUUUGGAGGGGAUGUUCCAGAAUGCUCAAGACCACUGGAUCCUUAAAAACUUCACUGAUAGGGCAAAGCCCCUAAAUUUUGGUAACUUUAUCUCCCACCCCCUAGAACAGAUCUUACCAACAUGUACAGAGCACUUGCUAGUUACCUAGAGACUAGUUAACACAGUGUCAUCAAUAUAACAACUAAUGCAGCAUUCUUCUGGAUGCCCAGGUUGUCUAAGUACCUUUGGACAAUAAAUGACAGAGAACAGAAUAAUUAAUAUUGCCAUGGUGCAAGAGUAUAUUGUGUCCAUGUGGGUACAAACAGCUUCUGAUCCUUCUUCCUGGUGGAUACAGAAAAGAACACAUUGAAAUCCCUCUUCCACACAGAUUUGUCUAUUUGAGAAAUGUGAAGGUUUUGUCUUUUCUUUUCAGCUUUCAAAUGCAUAACGUUUAAGUGUAUCAUUUCACAAUUUCUUAAACACAUGUGUACUCCUAUGGUACCACUGUCCCUAUUGAGAUACAGCAUUUUCUGCAUUAUUGAAAGUUUCUCGUCUUGUUUCUGGCAAGUCAAUAUUCUCUAGUAGUAGUCACCAUUAUGAGAUGUGAUUAUUUUUGCCUGCUUUUUUACCUCAUAAAACUGAAUUCUGUUGUGUCUGGCUUCUCUCAUUCAACAUCAUGUCUGUUUUUUGUUCCUUUUCAUUGGCAUGUAGUAUUCCACUGUGUUCCGUAAUAGUUGUCUGAUUCUACUGUUGAUAGAUAUUGGGGUUGUUUUCUAAACAUUUCUGGGCAUGUGCUUUGUUUGAAAAGAAACACAUUUUCAAAUCAAUAGGUAUAUGCAGUACCAAAGCUAUAAUAUAACAUACUCUAGUUAAGAUAUGGAAUCUGGCAAAGCAACUAUGAUGGGGACAAAUUUGGUUAAAUUCAUAGCAGUCUACUAAUGUUCUACACUAUGAUCCACACAGUUUUGCAGAGAUCAGACUGGAAAGCUAUGUUAUGAUAAGAAGCAUGAAUACCUGCAUUCUUUAAGUGACUGAGGAUGGCUUUAAUCUCCAUUAUCUUCUAGCCUGCAUUACUAUUUUUUAUUUAAUAUUUUGAUAGAGAGAGACAGUUUCAAGGAUUACUACUUGGAUUUUCCUACCACAAUAACCCUUGUUCUACAGCCCAAGGAACCAAUGUGAGAAUUCUGCCACCUGAUAAGUCUUUCCAAUUUCCAUGAAGGAACCAGGGAGAUAAUCACAGAUUGGAGCCAAGGACUUGGUGAACCUGCGUUAUAUGAAUCUGGGUCAGAACUCUAGUUAGUAGCUGGCUGUCAUUCAGUUCCUGCUAAUAAUAAUGCAGCUUCUCUUUCAGCUGAUGAGUUUAGGAAAUGACUCAGGUCUAGAAACUGGACAAGGGAUCAUGACUUUCCUUUAGGAUGGCUGUCAUUAGCCUUCUGCUAACCUAUGAUUAAUUAGGAGUUAUCUUUUACUGUAUAUACAUUUAGCACAGUUCUUUCUGGCUGCUCAUCUCUCUUAUCCCUAGAAGAACCAUAUUCUAUUAAUCCUCUCCAUAUGUCCAUAAAGGUUGGUCCUUCUGGUAGACACUCUGACUUAUCUGUCCCUUAGAGCAAUUAAGUGGUUCUCAUAGUGAAGUACUUUCAAUAGCUAAGUGCUAUCACCCAUGCUCAUAUCUCCUUUACUACUGGAAGCCUGACUGUGACAGCAUCUGUUGUCAUCAGCAUUAGCUGCAGAGGGCAGUUUCUCAGUGACACUGAUCCCCUUUUUGUCUGUGGAUUUCUUGUUGCA